UCAAGCGGGAUCCCACUCCCCACCCUUGCUCUGGAAGGGAGUCUGGGCCUUCCUCUCUUUCUCCUCCCUUCGGAAAAGCGACAGAGCGAGGGAGGGAGGGAGGGAGGAGGAGGAGGAGGGCUUACCCGGCACAUGCGAAGCAGUUUGGAUUCGAAGAGGAGGGGGAAGAGGAGGAGGAGCUGGACGAAAGUGGUGCCCGUCUCGGUGCGGGUUUUGCUGCUCUUAAGUUCCUCUUCCAAGCCUGCUGCUGCUGUUGGUCUUAUGAAAGCCUGUGUCAUCGCGCCUAACUGGGGCGAGAGCAGGGGAGGAAAUUCCCUGCCAGACAAAUUUGGCACUAAAAGAGGAGGAGGAGGAGGACUUCGACCACGGCGAGGGACGGAAGAAAUGCCACCUUCAGUGAUUUGUGGCGCCUGCUGAAACGGGCGAGCCAGCCAAGCCUUGCUUGCCAGGCGCAGUCUAAGGCUGCCCAACUCCCGGAGUGGCUGAGCUGGAAAUGCCACCGAAGGAGCGGCGCCUUUCCCGGCUCGGCGCGUGAACGCUUCCCCGCCCGCCUCUUCUCUCCCCUACGCCACCCCCUCCCCGCCUUUUCCCUGCUCGGCUCUCCCUCUCUCUAAAAUGACGAUCGGUUCGGAAACCUCAUCAUGGCCAACGGGACGGGGGCGGCGGCCGCGGCGGCGACAGUCAUGCUGAAGUGCGUGGUGAUCGGCGACGGAGCGGUGGGCAAAACUUGCCUGCUCAUGAGCUAUGCCAACGACGCCUUCCCGGAGGAAUACGUGCCCACAGUCUUUGACCAUUACGCAGUCAGUGUGACAGUUGGGGGCAAGCAGUACCUUCUUGGGCUUUAUGACACUGCUGGACAGGAAGACUAUGAUCGCCUCAGACCGUUGUCAUACCCCAUGACUGAUGUUUUCCUCAUCUGUUUCUCUGUGGUAAAUCCGGCUUCUUUCCAGAAUGUGAAGGAGGAAUGGGUACCAGAACUUAAAGAAUAUGCACCAAAUGUACCUUAUUUAUUGGUUGGAACCCAGAUCGAUCUUCGUGAUGAUCCUAAAACAUUAGCAAGGCUAAAUGACAUGAAAGAAAAACCAAUAUGUAUGGAGCAGGGCGUUAAAUUAGCAAAAGAGAUAGGAGCCUAUUGCUAUGUGGAAUGCUCAGCUUUAACGCAGAAAGGAUUGAAGACUGUUUUUGAUGAAGCCAUUAUAGCCAUUCUAACUCCAAAGAAACACACAAUGAAAAAGAGAAUAGGUUCAAGAUGCAUUAAUUGCUGCCUGAUCACAUGAGCGCUGCUGGGACAAUAGCCACAUGUACUGUGAAACUUGUGACAUGUGCAAAUAUACACUUCAAGACAGCAACACCUUAUUAAGAAAUCCACUGAUUGACAGGGAAGCGGAUUUUAGGAACUGGCAUUUGGUGAAACCCAGAAUGAGAGGGAGCAAACC